AUGGCCCAGGCUGCGCGCGUUGCGUGGGUGCUCGGCUCGAGCCGGUGCGUCCUGGCGGAGGGGCUGCGCACACGACCCUGGCUGUCACUCUCGGCCCAGAGCCGUGCUGGCUUCUCUAGGACGGCGGCCGGAAACCGGGGCGCCGCGGUCAGCAAGGGGAGCCCGCGGUUGCUGGGGGCGGCGGCGCUGGCCCUGGGCGGCGCGCUGGGGCUGUACCACACCGUGCGGUGGCAUCUGCGUUCCCAGGACCUCCGCGCCGAGCGCCCGGCUGCGCAGCUGUCCCUGUCCAGCCACCUGCAGCUGACCCUGUACCAGUACAAGACGUGCCCCUUCUGCAGCAAAGUCCGUGCCUUCCUCGACUUCCACUCCCUGCCCUAUGAGGUGGUGGAGGUGAACCCUGUCAGAAGAGCUGAGAUCAAAUUUUCCUCCUACAGGAAGGUGCCCAUCCUGGUGGCCCAGGAAGGAGACAGCUUGCAACAGCUGAAUGACUCCUCAGUCAUCAUCAGUGCUCUGAAGACCUACCUGGUUUCAGGGCAGCCCCUGGAAGAGGUCAUCACCUAUUACCCACCCAUGAAGGCCACGAAUGACCAGGGCAAAGAGGUGACCGAGUUCUGCAACAAGUACUGGCUCAUGCUGAACGACAAGGAGGUGCAGCGGAUGUACGGCGGGAAGGAAGCCAGGGCGGAGGAGAUGAAGUGGCGGCAGUGGGCGGAUGACUGGCUGGUGCACCUCAUCUCCCCCAACGUGUACCGAACACCUGCCGAGGCCUUGGCCUCCUUCGACUACAUUGUCCGCGAGGGCAAGUUUGGGGCUGUGGAGGCCGCCAUGGCCAAGUAUGUGGGUGCAGCUGCCAUGUACCUCAUCAGCAAGCGCCUCAAAAGCAGGCACCACCUGCAGGAUGACGUACGUGCAGACCUCUAUGAGGCAGCCAACAAAUGGGUGACAGCCGUGGGCAAAGACCGGCCGUUCAUGGGGGGUCAGAAGCCUAACCUUGCUGACCUGGCAGUGUAUGGCGUGCUGCGAGUAAUGGAGGGUCUGGAGGCCUUCGAUGACCUGAUGCGACACUCGCACAUCCAGCCUUGGUACCUGCGGAUGGAGCGGGCCAUUGCUGAAGCCCCCUCGAUGCAUUGAGUCUCCCCUAGCUGCAGAGACUAGUUGCUAGGGGGCCCAGACCUCUGACCAGCCCCUGGCCAUGCUGGCAGGGAGCAGAGCCAUUCCAUCUCGGCUCUAC